AUGUCCGAGGUUGUCGGUGGUGGUUGGAAUCUUGAGUUCGCGAAACCUCCCCCUUCCCCCAAGCUCCCUCUCCAAACCUCCAGGCCAACCUUCAACCCUCGCCCCUUUUUGUCUUGCACGCCGAGUCGCGGUUACCCCUCGUCUCACCUUAGCCUUAAUCGUUCCGGAUCUCUCGAGUUUGGACACUCGCGGAUCCCACUCCACAUCGUCCCAAACACACAGAGCAUGACGACGUCGCCGCGCAAGCCAAACGGCACCGAUGGCAAGCCGGGCAACCCCUCGUUCGAGGUGAACGGCCUGGCCUCCUCGCCCUCGAUCGGAGAGCGCACCGAAACCUCCACGCCCAAGCCGGAGAACCUCUCGGCCGACGAGUUAGUUCGCCUCGAGCAGAAGCGUGUGGAGCGCUUUGAGCAACGCCGCCGCCUCGAGGCUCAGCUCAACGCCCUUGACGCGGAGGCUGAGCGUGACGAGCUUCUUGCCAACGGUGGCAAUGCAGCCAGCAUUGCCGCAUCCGCACCCACGUCGCCGCUCGGCGCCCGGGCGCCGCAGGAUUCGUCCCAGGAGCGUGCGCCCAUUACCGGCCCCGUUGCUCCCAUCGGCCAGGGCCGCGAUAUGAACGGCGCCAAGAGCAUGCCCGCCAGCCGCCGCACCAGCGGCUACGGCCCUACUUUCGGUAUGGAGAAGCUUUCGCUCAGCGUUCUCAAUCCUGGGGGCAGAAAGUGGGAUGAAGUGGACGACGACGACGUCGACGCGGAGAGUGCUCAGAAAUCCGUAAGCUACCUCGCCAUGAACGAUGACGACCCGUUCCCGUCGCUCAAGGACUCGGGUCUGUCCGCGGCUUCGGCUGCUCUCGACCUCGCGCCCCUUCCCCAAGCGUCGUCACGCGCGUUCGGCUCGCGUCCAUUCGACACGACUCUGAAGACGUCCGAGUGGAGCCCGUUCCCCGUGCCCGGCCCCGGUCGCGGUGGCCUGACGUCGCCCUUGUCCAACACCUCGCUCAUGGGUGGCGCUGACGACACUCCACGUGACGCCAUGAUGGGUGGCAGCCGCAAGACCUCUCCCACUGGGCUUGCCGACAGCAUUUCGAGCCUCCCCGCCAUGCCCAGCAAGUCGGUCCCAUCGACGCCGUUUGGUCUUGGUCCUGGCGCUGCCAACAUCCCCGGCCCCAAGCGCACGGGUACCAGUCCCCUGGGCAAUGACGGUUUCACGCAGGCCCAGCGUGGCUUCUCCAACCCGGACCUUGCUCGCGCCUUUGCCAACAAGGGGGCUGGCAGUUACGGCCUUGACGGUGGUCCUCGCCCUUAUCAGCCGGACCCGCUGUACUCGUCCAUGGGCCUGCCUGGUGGCGGCCAAGGCGGCAGCAACUUCAUGCCCCAGGGUGGCUACGACAACUAUGGCUUCGACGACGACUCGUUUGGCUCGGGUGCCCUCUAUCCUGCCGGCAUGAUGGGCAUGAAGAACAAGCGGGCAGAGGCCGACCGCGAGUUCAACCGCUUCUCUGGCAUGCGCCUCGAGGACCUUCAGGGCGAGAUCCUCUCGCUCUGCAAGGACCAGCAUGGUUGCCGGUACCUGCAGAAGAAGCUUGAGGAGGGUGACCCCACCCACCGUGACAUGAUCUUCCGCGAGACGUACGGCCACUUCCCCGAGCUAAUGAUCGACCCCUUUGGCAACUACCUGUGCCAGAAGCUGCUCGAGCACGCUACCGAGGAGCAGCGCUCGGCCAUCAUUGACUCGGUUGCCAACGACCUCGUCGGCAUCUCGCUUAACAUGCAUGGCACUCGUGCUGUUCAGAAGAUGGUCGACUUCCUCGCGCAGCCCCGCCAGCCCAAGCAGAUCCGCACUCUGAUCUACGCCCUCUCUGUUAACGUCGUGGCGCUUAUCAAGGACCUCAACGGCAACCAUGUCAUUCAGAAGUGCUUAAACAAGCUUAUCCCCGAGGACAACCAAUUCAUCUACAACGCCAUCGCGACUAACCUCAUCGAGGUUGCUACCCACCGCCACGGCUGCUGCGUACUUCAGCGCUCGAUCGACCACGCGUCGCCGGGCCAGCGUGUCCAGCUUGUCACGGAGAUUAUCUUCAACUCGCUCUAUCUUGUCCAGGACCCCUUCGGCAACUACGUCAUCCAGUACAUCCUCGACCUGAAUGACGCCCGGUUCUCCGAGCCCCUCAUUCGCACCUUUGUCGGCAACGUCUGCAGCCUGUCUGUGCAAAAGUUCUCGUCCAAUGUUGUAGAAAAGUGUAUUCGCGUGGCCGACCCCGAGAUCCGUAAGGUUCUCGUUACAGAGGUGCUCAACCGCUCCCGUCUCGAGAAACUUUUGCGCGACAGCUACGGCAACUACGUUAUCCAGACCAUUCUCGAUUACUGCGAGAUUGGCCAGCGUAUGGUGCUCGUCGAGGCUAUUCGGCCCAUUCUCCCGUCGAUUCGCAACACGCCGUACGGCAAGCGCAUCCAGUCCAAGCUUCAGCGCGAGGACGCGUCGUUCAACUACGGCGGUGCCGGCGGUGGCGGAGGUGGUGGCGGUGGCGGUGGUGGCUAUGGACGUGGCGGUUACAACAACCGCAACUCCGGCGGCUACCACCCUCGCCACAUUGGCCGUCCUCAGCUGCAGCACAUCAACGCGCUAACCGAGGUAUACGGUGCCUCGGGCGGCGCUCCGUUCAUGGGCGGCAGCGGCUACGGCCGCGGUACAGCUGGCGGCCCUGCUCACCACGGCCCUCAGGCCGGUGGUGGUCCCGCUUUCCAUGGCCGUGAGAUCCACAGCCACAGCGGCAUGAGCUACCAUGCUCCCGGCCCUGACGGCCAGCCAUGGCUCCACCUCCGUGGUCCUGGUGGCCACCCUGCGCCUAACUGGAGCAACCCUGGUGGCGGCCCUGCUGGCAUCGACCCCCUCCCCGCGACCGCACCGUCCGAUGGUGACCCGGUACUCGCUGCUCAGGCCGCCGCCGCGGCCGUGACUGAGCGCGCCGGCCAGGGCCAGCCUACGCCCCCCCUCUGGCAAGACCCAUCGUACAUGUACGCGAAUGGUGGACACCUCCCCCCGCUCAUGUAA